AAUCCGUGUAGCUUAUCUUCCCUAAUCCAACCAUGGCAAAGUUCGGCGAAGGUGACAAGAGAUGGAUCGUAGAAGACAGACCUGACGGCACCAACGUCCAUAACUGGCACUGGUCCGAAACCAAUUGCCUUGAAUGGUCUCGCAACUUCUUCACCAAACAAUUCUCCGGCGUUGUUAUCCUCUCCGGGGAAGGUAACCUAUUCAUCAAGGUCAAUAAGAUCGAGAAGGUUGAAGGCGAGGCUUAUGUGAAUGUAAGGAAGGGGAAGAUUAUCCCUGGGUACGAGCUUAAUGUCUCUUUAUCUUGGGAAGGUGAGGCCAAAGAUUCCGAUGGGAAGACGCUGUUGAAAGCUGAUGGAUUGGUGGAUAUGCCUUAUAUCUCCGAUGAGAAUGCUGAUGAAGAUCCCGAGAUUAGGUUUUCGGUGAAGGAUGAUGGACCGAUUGGGAGGACUUUGAAGGAGGCGAUGGUGAAGAAGGGGAAAUCGAUUAUUCUGGAGAAGGUUAGGGUUUAUGUGGAGGCUAUGGCGAAAGGAGGUCCGUGUAGGGAUGAGUUGGAAUCGAAGAAGGUUGCGCCGAAAUCGGUAGCGGCUGGAUCAGCUCCGGUGGCGGUGGAAAAGUCUGGUGGUGCCCCUGUGGUAUCUGCUGCUGCGGUGGAGACUAAGGUAGUGAAGGAGAAGAAGAAGGCGAAGACUAAGGAAGGGUUUAAGACAAUUACUAUGACUGAGAAGUUUAAUUGCAGAGCUAGGGAUUUGUAUGAGAUUUUAAUGGAUGAGAAUCGUUGGAAAGGUUUUACGCAGAGCAAUGCUAAGAUUAGUAAAGAUGUGAAUGGUCCGAUUAGUGUCUUUGAUGGGUCUGUUACUGGAAUGAAUCUUGAGCUUGAAGAAGGCAAAUUGAUUGUCCAGAAGUGGAGAUUUGGGAGCUGGCCUGAUGGUCUUGAUUCAACGGUGAAGAUCGUUUUCGAGGAGCCUCAACCAGGAGUCACCAUUGUCAAUCUUACUCACACUGACGUUCCUGAAGAGGACAGAUAUGGGAAUGCGACUGUGGUGGAAAACACAGAGAGAGGAUGGAGAGAUCUUAUAUUCCAUAGGAUCCGUGCAGUUUUCGGAUUUGGAAUAUGAUUUAGAUUUUGAUUAUCAAAUAAGUUGAUUAUGAUUUCAAUUCGAACAAGAGGGACCAAGAAACAAUGCAAAAUGUAUGAUUUUAAAGUUUUUCACUUUUAGUUAAUGCAUUUCCCUUAAACUUAUAUAAUCUCUUUCUUUAGGCCAUAUGCCCUAAUCAAUGUGAUCAGCAUCC